GAGAUGGCUGGAUUUUAUUCCAAGCAAAUAAACUAAAGCAACACGAGCUGAGAACAACCAGCAGCUGCAGGUUGUGAUGAUGACGAUCCAGUCAGUGAUUAACAGAGAGAUCUUCGCUCCACGCCAUGAGAAGUUAUUAACAGUGAUUGAAGUGAGGAAGAGGAGGAGAAGACUGACCUUCAUCCCCACGGGGCGUAAAGGGGAUUACAUCACCUUCCUGUGUUUGUCAGUGACAAACAAAAAGCCGACUCAAGUUUUUGUCACCAAAGUGAAGCAGUUUGAAUUUUCUCCACAAUUUGAGAAACGUUCUCACUGGGGUUUGGAUCAGCUUCGCCGCGUCAACGGCAUUCACCCCGACAAGGACAGUCCCGAGUUUGACCUGGUGUUUGAUCACGGAUCUGAUCAGUGGGUCGCUGCAUCAUCAGCGGAGAAAUGCGUGUUCAUUCAGAUCCUCUAUCAUCUCUGCCAACAUUACUGGGAGGGUCAGAAGGAGCUGGGCGUCAUAGCGCCCCCUGUAGGUCAGAAACCCACCACCACUCCUGCCUCCACCUCCUCCACCGAACAGACGCCUGUCCCAGAGAAAAAGAAGAAGAAAAGUCGUGAUGCACCAUGUCCCACUGAAUUCGUCAACUGCCAGUCCAAAUUACUGGGAGAUGCCUGCUCAUUAAACAUCAUCAUCUACCGCUGUAAGAUCUUCCUGCACAGAAUGAGGAGCUCCAUGACCUCUGCUCAAGAACCAAGUCACAGUCAGAAAGCGUCUCCUGAGAAAGUGGGCGUGGCUAGCUCCUCCCCUCCAGCGCAGAGCAUUCUGGGAGCAGUGGGCCGGAGGGCGAGUCAGGUGUUCAGUGAGCGUGGCGAUGUGAAACAGCUCACUGAGAAUGUCCAAAAGUUUACCCAGAAGCAUCGGGAUUAAAAUAAUCACACUCCAUAAACACACAUCUCCUCUGUGGAUUCUUCAUGAUAAUAACACACACACACACACACACACACACACACACACACACACACACACACACACACACUUUACAGAAGCCUUUUUCCUCUGCUUGCUUUGUGAUAAUCUCAGUGUAGAUGUGUGUUCUAGCCACUAGAGAGCGAUGCUGAGUUCUGAAAGCACUGAGGUUCACUAAGUCAGACUUAAAGUAUUUUUUUUGUAUUUUUAUGUUAAACAGUAACAUGAUUGGACUGAUAUUACACACUUUGACAUGCAUAACAGGUUUAAUAAUAUAAUACACACAGAGGAAAUUAUUUUAUUCUGGUCUUAUUAAUAUUAAUUUACACUCUUUUACACAAUUGGUUAACUUACAUUCUCAGAUAAAAAGAUUUCAGUGUUAAAAGACUUCAGUAUUGUUAAUUAGAGGAAUUGAAAGCUGUAGAUGUUUAAUACACUUAUGAGGUUUAAACCUGGACAUUAUGGAUCAGUGUUAUACCUCUGAAGAAGUGUUUCAACUGUUUCUACUCAGUAACUUUAUUUUCUGAAUGAAUAAGGAUCUUCUCACAACAUGGCACUACCACCACCAUGCUUCACACCGGGGCAGUGCUGGGUUUCCACAAACUGAGCACUUUGUGCCAAGAAGGAAAUCACA